ACUGUUCUGUUCGAAUUCGAAUAGACGAAAACAAAACGGUUGGCGGUCAGUUUGAUUUGACUAUUUGGCGGAUACGGUACGACUUUGACUUUAAUAAUAAUUGUGGGUCGCGAUCAUCACACAUUUUGAGUUUUUUGGUUUAAUAAUUUUAUGUCUAAGCAUUGAAUGACCUUGAACGGUUACCAAAAAAAAGAAGAAAAAAUGUUAAGAAUAAUAUUGUGUUGGUCAGUGGUGGUAGUGUUAAAUGGACUACUCGUGCCACAACACAUCGAAGCUCUGCCAGCCACCCCAAGUACCAGUCAGGAGUCAACACACAUUGUUAGCUAUGUGCAUCAACGUAAAUUGGCCAAAUCCCAAAAGCCGGGGGAUCAUAAUGAAUUCUCCAGCUUUGAUUUUGAAAAUUUCAAUUCCAAUCUAACUGCGGAGAAUCCUGAAAUGCGUGGAGCCCUACAGCAACUCUUUGGUAGAUUUGUACAAAAUUUAGAGACAAAUUUAGACAACUUGGGAAGACCGCCAGCGGAAAAGAUGGCAACGGUGGCUAAAAAUGCCGCUCUUCAGGAGGAAACACGUGUGGAAGACAAUGAUAUUUUCCAAAACCCCGACACAGAUGAUCUCUUCGAGUUGCAGGCCAAUACCCUGGACGCCGUUAUGCCGACCAAUGAACAACAUGAGUCUCAAAUAAAUGAGACCAUGUGGCAGCGUUCAAAACAAAGUAUACCGGUCUUGGAAUCGGUACGCCAUUUGGUAAACAGCGUACGAGAUGGAGCCCUUAAUGACACGGAACACGUUAAGCCCGAACGCCAUCACUUGUUGUCUAUGCAUGGCCAAAUGAUGGAAAAUGAAACUUCACCGGCCAUUGAAACGGAAGAGGAACGUGAAAUGAUAAAUGAAAGUACCGAUUUGAAAUUCUUGGAGGUAAUUGGGUCGAUUGGAAGUCGCGUUUGGGGUUUCUUUAAGAAUCUGAAACAAGUAUUUGCUGCCAGCAGUGGUAGUGCAAGUGCUGCUCUGUCUGCACAAAGUUCGUCGAGUAGUUCUUAGUGGCAUUUGGUGGAGGUGGCUUCAACGAUUUUGAUAUUCAAUAAAUUGUUAAUAUUAUGUUUUUUUAUUGUAGUUUUACCAAUCUGUGAUUAACCUUGUUGUAAAAUAAAUCGAAAUUUUUAAUUGAA